AUGGCUAUUUCUCAGGCACAGUUGACCUUCAAGGAUGUGGCCAUAGAGUUCUCUCAGGAGGAGUGGGAAUGCCUGGACCCUGCUCAGAGGGCCUUGUACAGGGACGUGAUGGUGGAGACCCUCAGGAACCUGGUCUCCUUGGAUAUCUCUCAUAUGCAUGUUAUCAAGAAAUUACAACUAAAUGCAAACAUUUAUAGAGGAGAAGGAUUCCCAACAGUGAUACUGGGAAGACACAAAAGGAAUAAAAUUGAAGAUUUUUACCUCAGGGAAAUCCAGGAAAAUAUGUGUGACUUUGAGUCUCAGCCAAGAGAUGAGGAAACAAAUUACAAAGGAAAACGUGUAUCCCAUGACAAAAAUCUCCCCUGUAAGAGACAGCGACAUGGUAGAUGCUUUGCAGGAAUUCAGCCUAUUGAAAACAGACUUCCUUUAAACUUUGGGAAUGAACUGCAGCUUUUUCAUCAGAGAAUACAUACUGGAGAGAAACCAUACAAGUGUAAUGAAUGUGGCAAGGUGUUUAGUCAGAAUUCAUACCUUGCAAAACAUCGCAGAAUUCAUACUGGAGAGAAACCUUACAAAUGUAGUGAAUGUGGCAAAGCUUUCAGUCAAAAAGGAAACCUUGCAAGUCAUCAGAGAAUUCAUACUGGAGAGAAACCUUAUAAAUGUAACGAAUGUGGUAAGAUGUUCAGUAUUAGAUCAACCCUUGUCAGUCACCAGAUCAUUCAUACUGGAGAGAAACAUUACAAAUGUAAUGAGUGUGGCAAAACCUUUUAUUUUGGCUCACACCUCAUACAACAUCAAAUCAUCCAUUCAGGAGAUAAACCAUAUAAAUGUGACAUCUGUGGGAAAGUCUUUGGUCAAAAUUCAUACCUUGCAGUUCAUCGGAGAAUUCAUACUGGGGAAAAACCUUAUGAAUGUAAAGACUGUGGCAAAAUCUUUAAUCACAGCUCAAACCUCAAGAGACAUCAGAUAAUCCAUACAGGACAGAAAUUAUGUAAAUGUGAUAUAUGUGGCAGAGUCUUCAGUUAUAAUUCAUACCUUGCAAUUCACCAGAGAACUCAUACUGGAGAGAAACCUUACAAAUGUAAUGAGUGUGGCAAGGUCUUCAAUCGGAAUUCAAAUCUUGCAAUUCAUCAGAGAAUUCAUACUGGAGAGAAACCUUACAAAUGUAAUGAGUGUGGCAGCUGCUUUAGUCGAAAGGCGUACCUGGCAAAGCAUCAAAUUCAUCAGAGAAUACAUACUGGAGAGAAACCAUACAAGUGUAAUGAAUGUGGCAAGGUGUUUAGUCAGAAUUCAUACCUUGCAAAACAUCGCAGAAUUCAUACUGGAGAGAAACCUUAUAAAUGUAAUGAGUGUGGCAAGGUCUUUCAUCACAAGGCCAACCUUGCAAGUCAUCAGAGACUUCAUACUGGAGAGAAACCUUACAAGUGUAAUGAAUGUGGCAGAGCUUUUAGUCAGAAAGGAAACCUUGCAAGUCAUCAGAGAAUUCAUACUGGAGAGAAACCUUACCAAUGUAACGAGUGUGGUAAGAUGUUCAGUAGUAGAUCAACCCUUGUCAGUCAUCAAAGGAUUCAUACUGGAGAGAAACCUUACAAAUGUAGUGAGUGUGGCAAAGUCUUUAAUAGAAAUUCAAACCUCGUAGUUCAUCAGAGAAUUCAUACUGGAGAGAAACCUUACAAAUGUAAUGAAUGUGGUAAGAUGUUCAGCAGUAAAUCAACCCUCAUCCGUCAUCAGUCCAUUCAUACUGGAGAGAAACCUUACAAAUGUGAUCAGUGUGGCAAAGGCUUUGGUUACAAACAAUAUCUUGUCAUUCAUCAAAGAAUUCAUACUGGAGAGAAACCUUACAAAUGUAAUGAGUGUGGCAAGUUCUUUAGUACAAAAGGAAAGCUUUCAGUUCAUCAAAGAAUUCACACUGGAGAGAAACCUUACAAAUGUAAUGAGUGUGGUAAAGCCUUUAAUCAGAGCUCAAUCCUCAGUCGACAUAGGAUAAUCCAUACAGGCAAGAAAUUACAUCAAUGUGAUGUAUGUGGCAAGGUCUUUAGCCAAAAUUCUGACCUUGUCAUUCAUCAAAGAAUUCAUACUGGAGAGAAACCUUACAAAUGCAAUCAGUGUGACAAGGUCUUUAGUCAAAAAAGAAAGCUUUCACUUCAUCAUAGAAUUCAUACUGGAGAGAAACCUUACAGAUGUAAUGACUGUGCAAUCCCACUGCUAGGCAUAUACCCUGAGGAAACCAAAAUUGAAAAAGAUGGACUGUUUACAUUCAAGGAUGUGGCCGUAGAAUUCACUCAGGAAGAGUGGGAAUGCCUGGACCCUGCUCAGAGGGCCUUGUACAGGGACGUGAUGCUGGAGACCUACAGGAACCUGCUCUCCCUGGGAAGCUAUUCUGCCACAUUUGCAAUCAAGGAAUUAUCAUCCCCCAAAGAGGACAUCAAUAAAGGAGAAUUAUGCCACCUGAUGACAUUAGAGAAAAAUGAAACUUAUGGCAUCAAGGAUUUUGACCUCAAGGAAGUCUGUCAAAAUAUGCAGGAGAGUGAGAGUGAGUGGGGAUGUGAUGCAAGAAAUGACAAAGAAGUGCUUUUGACCCACAACAAAAAUCUCAGUCAGAGGGAAGAUCAGGAUAAUAAAUCCUUAAUUAAUUUUCCUCAGAAUGUUUCUGUAAGAAGUAAUACAUAUGAAUAUUUCACGCAUGACAAGCCAUUCAUAAGAAAUUUGUUAAUAAUGAAAGAUAACAUAAUCAUCACUGGAAACAAUAUAAAGUGUUUGGACAGUAGAACUGGAGCAAGACUGCAGGCACAGGUGGCUGAACUAAAGAGAUUUACAACUGAGGAGAAAAUGUGUGGAGGCACUCAAGUUGAGAAGUCAGUUGGCAACGGGUCCUCAGUUUCCCAACUUCAUCAAAUUCCUCCUACUGUGGAAACCACUGUGUUAUCUGCCCAACACAGGAGAACACACAUUCAAGAAAAAUCUUACAACUGUAAUGACUGUGGGAAGGCCUUUAGCAAAAAAUCAAACCUCACAAAUCACAAGAGAAUUCACUCUGGACAGAAACCUUACAGAUGUAGUGACUGUGGUAAAGCCUUUAACCACCAGUCCCACCUUACAGCACAUCAGAGAGUGCAUGCAGAAGAGAAAGCAUGUAAAUGUGAUGUCUGUGGCAAGGUCUUUAGUCGAAAUUCACAUCUUGUGAAUCAUCAGAGGAUGCACACUGGAGAGAAACCUUACAAAUGCAGUGAAUGUGGCAAAGCUUUUACCCAAUUUUCACACCUUAGCAGACAUCAGAAGAUGCAUGCUGGAGAGAAACCACACACAUGUAAUGAGUGUGGCAAGCAUUUUACCCAGCGUUCAAACCUUAUGGCACACCAGAGAAUUCAUACAGGAGAAAAACCUUUUAAAUGUAAUAAAUGUGGUAAGGCUUUUAUUGAACGGUCACAGCUUUGGGGUCACGAGAGAACUCAUACUGGAGAGAAACUUUACAAAUGUGAUGAGUGUGGAAAAGCCCUUACAAGACAUUCAUAUCUUACGCAACAUAAAACCAUCCACACUGGAGAAAAACCUUAUAAAUGUAAUGAGUGUGGCAAAGCUUAUACCCAGUUUGCAAGCCUCACGAGGCAUGUGAAAACACACACUGAAAAGAAACAUAUGCCUCACACAUGUGGCCACGGUUUUAUUCAAAGCUCAAAGUUAAAACAAUUCAGACAAAAUUUAUGCGUGUAUUCCAGCCUUACUCAGCUAAUGGGACUCUAUCAGGGUGGAAGAACACAUACAGAUGCCCAGCAGACACAUGAAAAGAUGCUCAGCAUCAUUAAUCAUCAGGGAAAUGCAAAUCACAAGGUCAGUGAGAUACCACAUUAUAAUUAUUAUCAGAAAGACAAUGAAUAA